AUGGCCCUCGCUCAGCUUGCGUACCGCCGCACUUUCAUUGACGUGAUGGAUGGCAAGAUGGAUGGUGCAGAUCGUCGUGCUCGGGCCCGUAGCCUCUCGCCUGCCCAGAUGUCGGACAGCCCGGAGCCUCUUAUGCAGGACGUGUGGGCGCAUCGUCAUCUUCGCACUCUGCGGCAAGAGCAGAGCGCAACGGUCGUCGAUGCACCUGUCCCAAGUCGGGGCAGCGCAGGACACCCGUCCUUGUGCAACAGACCAUGCGUUUGUGUUGUAAUGCGGGGGCACUGCCAGAAAGGUGUAACCUGUGGCUUUUGUCAUUUCCAGCACGAUGACCCGAAGCCCGACAAGACGCAGCGCCUUUUGAUGAGCACGAUGCCCAGGCCAGAGCUACUUAGUCUUCUAGCAGCUCUACUUCGGGAGCGUGCCGACCAAGAUGGACUCCAUGAUGUGAGCUUCGCGUUGGCGGUGCUUUCCGUCCAUGCAGGACUUCUUCCAAGUCGUUUGCAGACGAAGCCUCGCAAGCUUCACAACUUACGACAGGUACUUCAGCGCAUGAACUUCUCCGGCAUCUUAUCGAUGGCUGCGCACAAAUGUGAAGGCCGCAGCAAGGCCGUGAUGCUACAGGAGUUGAGCGCUUUGCGACAGAGUGCCAGGCGACAGGUGACCACAUAUGGGUCCAAGAAGUAA